AUGACACCGACCAAAAACUUAAUUUGGAUUGUCACUUUCUUUACGCUUGAUCUACUUACUGCUGCUUAUAGACUGUGCGAGAAUUCACUGACAGAUGACGUCGAUAACAUCCCAGAAUUGAUUAAAAAUCUUCCGAGCGAUUAUAGGAUAACCCUUAAAUAUGUCCAUAAAGUGGAACACGUACACAAUCAUUGCUGGUUACAUUUGAUGGUACCCGAGUUUGCAAAGAGCUUGAAUAACUUACUCCACAAAUUUCCAAGAACAUCUGACGCCUCAGACAACCACUCAAUCCUAAACAGCCUCACCAGAAUGAUUAACGAUCUUCUGGAAUGCCUCACAUCAGACAGAUAUAAAGACAGCGUCCAUUCCUAUCAAGAAAGUGAAUUCAGUCCCAAGGAAUUCUUUAAACAUUUCAAUAAUAUGAUUAAGAUCUUUAAGGCAUUUUCAACAAUACCGGCGGAUGAUAAUUGCGAUCUGUUCUCCACAACGCCAACCCUGCUUAACGAUUCAAAAGUCACUGAUCCACCUCCUGUCGUUAAAAGUGCCCAAGAUACUACCAGUUCUCACCUACAAACAAUGAAUGUCACGUCAUCAUCUACACCCAAAGACGAGAAGCUCGAACUUCCACCAGCUAGAAGAAAACCCGCUCAAGAGCUGCAGCAACUGAUUAUGGCCGAAAAACGAGCCCAAGCCAUACUAUUUGGACUGAUGCUAAUUUUAUUUUUCAUCAGCAUAAUCUGCUUGUUUUUCACCUACAGAUCCUUAUCGCAACGACUGAAAGUGCUAUCUACAUUCGUCUACGUAAAGUUACCCCCUCAUUUCACGUUAAGUUUGAGGAUGAGAGUGAACUCUAAAUGGCUCCACGGUCCUCUGUGUUUCCAGCAAGGGGGCAUAAUGUCAUUCUUUACAUGCUGA